GUGAAGAGGUGUUUCCAGAAUUGUGAGAGGAAGCGAGGAUCACRGUCACUGAUGAUGUUCUCGGGGAGGCCGUGAUGGCGAGCAACAUGGUCGAAGAAGAGUGCGGCGACGUCUUUGGCACUGUGCGAGGUCGUGCAAGGGAUGAAGUGGGCACAUUUGGUCAAGCGGCAGACAAUGACGUAGAUGCAAUCAUGCCCGCGGUCAGUCUUGGGGAGGCCGCACACGAAGUCCAUGGAGAUGGAUUGCCACCGCCAGCAGGCUUGGCGUGGAGUGAUAUCUUUCUUGGAGAGGAUGGAGGAGACGAUGGUGUUGUAAGCGCGGAUGGUGAAGUAUUGCCCGUCGAGGUACGGGCGCCAGACUGUGAGGGCGUGAAUCACGGCGAGGAGUUCCUUCUCGUUGGAGGGGUAAUUCAUCUCCGCGGGAAGGAGCUUCUUGCUUGCGAAGGCGAUAGGGUAUUCGCCAGGUGGAGCCUCGGGGUGAGUGGGCGAGCCCUUGAUGGGGGGGGUCUCGGCGGUGUCGCGGGGGAAAUGUUGGGACAGUACGGCUCCGAUGGCGAAGUCGGAGGCGUCAGUGGUGACAUAGAAAUGGCGAGUGGGGUCGGCGAUCUUGAGGACAGGGGCCGUGAAUUUUUGCUCUCGGAGGAUCGCGAGGACUUGGCGGAGGUGCUGAAGGCGGGACUCGAAGGUGGGGCUGAAGACAAGGAUGUCAUCAAGGUAGACAACRACACAGACUUCGAGGAGGUUGCGGAAGAUGUGGUUCAUGGUGGAUUGGAAGGUAGCGGGGGCAUUGGUGAGUCYGAAUGGCAUCACGAGGAACUCGUAGUGCCCGAACCGAGAGCGGAAGGCGGUCUUGUGAGUGUCCUCCUCGCGGAUACGGAUCUGGUGGAAGCCACUACAAAGGGCGAUCUUGGUACAGUACUUGUCUCCACGGAGACGAUCAAGAAGCUCGGAAAUCCGAGGUAGGGGGUACUUGUUCUUGAUCGUGAUCCGGUUCAAGGCGCGGUAGUCUGUGCACAUGCGGAGUUCCGAAGUU